GCGUUCGUCCUCAAAUUUGUCUCCCUCCCUCUCUCUCUCUCUCUCUCUCUCUCUCAUCUGCCUUGAAAUUUUCCUUCCGUUUGGCUUCCAUUUGUUCAUUCUUCCUUCUCGUUCUGGUUUCCAUCUGGGUCUGGGGCUGGUUCGAGAGCCGAUGAGGAAAUGGGGUCAUGACGUGAAUGGGUCUGCUCCUUCGUCGUGGCUUCUGACUCUGGAAAGCUUCUUUUGACGCCCGCCCGCCCGCCCGCCCGCCGACUCUUUUGCCUUUUCCGAUUCCGCUUCCGCAGACAGGUUCAAAGUCAACUUUUCCGUCUCUCCCUCUCUCUCUCUCUGGAUCGUUGAUUGCGGGUCGUGGUUGUCAUGGGUCGCGCAUGCGUGUCUGUUCAGGCUUCGAUCUCAGUGGCCUUUGGCCGCGUCUAAAGGUUGAAUUUUUAUUUUUAUUUUAAUCGUCUCGGGGAAUAAUUCUGGUUCUUUCGUCUCAAUCGCGUGAGAGUUGGAUCAGGGGUCUCUUUCGACGUGUGUACUUUUACUUACUGUUGUUCUUUUUGAAGAUUGCUAUUCAAAUUCGAUGAAAUUCUAAUCCGUAGUGACGAUCGGAGGCCCGGAGCUGCGAAAAGUCAAUUGACCGUGCGCAGUGGGGAAAUCCAAAGAAUGUUAUUUUGGAUCAUUGCGUCGUCAGUUUGGAGGGAGUCAAUUAAAAAAUAAGAAUAAGAAUAAGAAUCAGAAUCAGAAUCAGAAUCAGCAUAAGAAUAGGAACACAAUUAGGACCUCUGUUUUCUGCUAUAAGUUGGCGUCUCGUUUUGCCCCAGUUCUUUAGUCUUUUGAACUCAAAUAAUUUUAUCUCAAAUUCAGCUGGUGUUUGAUUUCGGCAAUUCUCUGUGUUGGCAAAGAUCGUUAGAUCUUUGAAGGAGAUCGUCCAAAGGGCAAAUCUGCUGAAACAGAGGAUCUUGGUUUCAAAAUUCAAUCUUCAUUUUCGCUGGGUCGGUCGGCGAUGGAUUCGGCAAAAACAGCUGAUUCCGGUGGAGCGAGAACACCGGAGAUGGUGGGUUCAAAGAUCAAGGGAUCGGGGAAUUUGAGCAGCAAGGACAUGUUUUUGAGGGCUGACAAGUUUGAUCUGAGGAGUCUGGACAUUCAAUUGGAGAAGCAUCUGAGCAGGGUCUGGUCAAGAAGCGUCAUGGAGAACCAGAGGCCUAAAGAAGAGUGGGAGAUCGAUUUGGCCAAAUUGAAUAUCAGAUAUGUUGUGGCUCAGGGGACUUAUGGCACUGUGUACAGGGGCACUUAUGACGAUCAAGAUGUUGCAGUGAAGUUGUUGGACUGGGGCGAGGAUGGUCUUAACACAGCAGCUGAAACUGCUGCCUUGCGGGCAUCGUUUCGGCAAGAGGUUGCUGUUUGGCACAAGCUUGACCAUCCUAAUGUCACGAAAUUUGUUGGAGCUUCAAUGGGAACUUCGAAUCUUAAAAUCCCUGCAAAGGCCGCUUCUGGCGAGGCUUCUGAAUCUCAUCCAACUAGAGCAUGUUGUGUUGUUGUGGAGUAUCUACAAGGAGGGACUCUCAAACAAUACCUGAUACGGAAGAGCCGCGAGAAACUUGCCUUCAAGGUUGUCAUCCAGCUGGCUUUAGAUCUCUCAAGAGGUUUGAGCUAUCUUCAUUCAAAGAAGAUCGUGCAUCGAGACGUCAAGACAGAAAACAUGUUGCUAGAUACUAGCAGGAGUCUAAAGAUCGCUGAUUUUGGAGUCGCACGUGUCGAAGCUCAAAAUCCAAGAGAUAUGACCGGUGAAACUGGAACCCUUGGUUAUAUGGCUCCGGAGGUUCUUGAUGGCAAGCCUUAUAAUCGACGUUGCGAUGUCUACAGCUUCGGCAUAUGUCUAUGGGAAAUUUAUUGUUGUGAUAUGCCCUACCCGAAUCUAAGUUUUGCCGAUGUCUCAUCCGCCGUAGUUUUGCAGAACUUGCGACCGGACAUUCCUCGAUGUUGCCCUAGUGCUCUGGCAAACAUCAUGCGCAGAUGUUGGGAUGCAAACCCAGACAAACGCCCGGAAAUGGAUGAGGUGGUUCGUUUGUUGGAAGCGAUCGACACCAGCAAAGGCGGAGGGAUGAUUCCCGAUGACCAGCUUCGUGGUGGCUGCUUUUGUUUACGUCCGGUUCGUGGUCCUUGAUUUUUUUUCCUUUGAUUUCACCGCGGAAUUGUAAAGAUCCAUUCUCUUCCUUGUGUUAAAUUAGGUUAUCACUACUUAACCAUUUGUAGUUCAGUUGAAUUAGGUCGGAAGGGGCUUGAUUUGUAGUGGUGAUUUUGGGAGAGCUAAAACCUGUAUAAGUUUUGUUACUCUUUCCUAUUUAGGAUUUAUUCAAUCGAGUGUAUCAUUCUUA